AUGUUCAUUUUUUGUCGGUAUCAGGCUAAUGCAGCAUCCGGAAUGGCAGUCCAUGAUGACUGUAAGCUAAAGUUUCUGGAACUGAAGGCGAAAAGGACAUACCGUUUCAUUGUUUACAAGAUCGAGGAUAAACAAGUGAUUGUGGAGAAAGUCGGUGAACCUGGUCAAUCCCAUGAUGACUUUGCAGCAAGUCUUCCAGCUGAUGAAUGCCGAUACGCCAUUUUCGACUUUGAUUUUGUCACUGCAGAGAAUUGCCAAAAGAGCAAGAUUUUCUUCAUCGCAUGGUGUCCGGACGUAGCGAAGGUGAGAAGCAAGAUGAUCUAUGCGAGCUCUAAGGACAGGUUCAAGCGUGAACUCGAUGGAAUUCAAGUAGAGCUUCAGGCAACCGAUCCAACUGAGAUGGAUCUUGAUGUUUUGAAAAGCCGCGUCAACUAA